GCAACUGCAGCCCCAACGCAACAGCAGGGGGGCGGGUAGAGGAAGAGGAGAGUGGCGAAGAAGGGAGACUCGGUCCUCCAGCCCUUGAGAGCUGCUCCCUACGAAACGUGCCUCGUGGCGAAAGCUGUGGGAGUCCCAGGGCUGGCCUGGUUUACUCCUCUUCCCUCAGGGGCUGCACCAUGGCCUCAGAGGCACCGUCCGGAUUGUCUCUUCUCUGGGAUAGAGUGGAAAGAGCAGCUGGGCAGCCACAUCAGCAUCUGUUGCCCUUCCAGGAUCUGGUGACCUUUGAGGAGGUGGCCGUGUAUUUCACGGAGGAGGAAUGGGCCCUGCUGGAUCCUGGCCAAAGAGCUCUGCACAGGGAAGUCAUGGAGGAGAAUUAUGAGACGGUGGCCUCUCUGGGAUACAUCUGGGGGGUCAAGGCUGAGGGAGAACCAUCUGAAGUAUCACUGGAAAAAGCUGAGGAGCAGGUGCAGGAGCAGAAACUGAUGAGGCAAGUUGGAGCAGAGAGACAAGAGGAGAGACAGACUCACACAGGGGACAAACCCCAUAAAUGCUUGGAGUGUGGAAAGAGCUUCAGUCAGAGUGGCACCCUUACUUCGCAUCAAAGAACUCACACAGGGGACAAACCUUAUAAAUGUUUCGAGUGUGGAAAGAGCUUUAAGUGGAGUAGUGCCCUUACAGUACAUCAAAGAACUCACACAGGAGACAAACCUUAUACAUGCUUGGAGUGUGGAAAGAGCUUCAGUCAGAGUGGCCACCUUACUUCGCAUCAAAGAACUCACACAGGGGACAAACCUUAUACAUGCUUGGAGUGUGGAAAGAGCUUCAGUCGGAGUACCCACCUUAUUUCGCAUCAAAGAACUCACACAGGGGACAAACCUUAUACAUGCUUGGAGUGUGGAAAGAGCUUCAGUCACAGUGGCGACCUUACUUCGCAUCAAAGAAAUCACACAGGGGACAAACCUUUUACAUGCUUGGAGUGUGGAAAGAGCUUCAGUCACAGUGGCGAACUUACUUCGCAUCAAAGAACUCACACAGGGGACAAACCUUAUACAUGCUUGGAGUGUGGAAAGAGCUUCAGUCAGAGUGGCCACCUUACUUCGCAUCAAAGAACUCACACAGGGGACAAACCUUAUACAUGCUUGGAGUGUGGAAAGAGCUUCAGUCAGAGUGGCAACCUUACCUUGCAUCAAAGAACUCACACAGGGGACAAACCUUAUAAAUGUUUCAAGUGUGGAAAGAGCUUUAAGUGGAGUAGCGCCCUUACGGUACAUCAAAGAACUCACACAGGAGACAAACCUUAUAACUGUUUCGAGUGUGGAAAGAGCUUCAGUCACAGUAGCCACCUUACUUUGCAUCAAAGAACUCACACAGGGGACAAACCUUAUACAUGCUUGGAGUGUGGAAAGAGCUUCAGUCACAGUGGCGAACUUACUUCGCAUCAAAGAACUCACACAGGGGACAAACCUUAUACAUGCUUGGAGUGUGGAAAGAGCUUCAGUCAGAGUGGCCACCUUACUUCACAUCAAAGAACUCACACAGGGGACAAACCUUAUACAUGCUUGGUGUGUGGAAAGAGCUUCAGUCAGAGUGGCAACCUUACCUUGCAUCAAAGAACUCACACAGGGGACAAACCUUAUAAAUGUUUCAAGUGUGGAAAGAGCUUUAAGUGGAGUAGCGCCCUUACGGUACAUCAAAGAACUCACACAGGGGACAAACCUUAUAACUGUUUCGAGUGUGGAAAGAGCUUCAGUCACAGUAGCCACCUUACUUUGCAUCAAAGAACUCACACAGGGGACAAACCUUAUACAUGCUUGGAGUGUGGAAAGAGCUUCAGUCACAGUGGCGAACUUACUUCGCAUCAAAGAACUCACACAGGGGACAAACCUUAUACAUGCUUGGAGUGUGGAAAGAGCUUCAGUCACAGUGGCCACCUUACUUCGCAUCAAAGAACUCACACAGGGGACAAACCUUAUACAUGCUUGGAGUGUGGAAAGAGCUUCAGUCAGAGUGGCAACCUUACUUUGCAUCAAAGAACUCACACAGGGGACAAACCUUAUACAUGCUUGGAGUGUGGAAAGAGCUUCAGUCAGAGUGGCAACCUUACUUUGCAUCAAAGAACUCACACAGGGGAGAAACCUUAUACAUGCUUGGAGUGUGGAAAGAGCUUCAGUCAGACUGGCUACCUUACUUCGCAUCAAAGAACUCACACAGGGGACAAACCUUAUAAGUGUUUCGAAUGUGGAAAGAGCUUCAAGUGGAGUAAUGCCCUUAGGGUACAUCAAAGAACUCACACAGGAGACAAACCUUAUACAUGCUUGGAGUGUGGAAAGAGCUUCAAGUGGAGUAACACCCUUACUUUGCAUCACAAAACUCACACAGGAGACAAAUCUUAAAAUGCUUGGAGUGUGGAAGCAGCUUAAGCAGUGUUCAACUGUUUCUCUGCAUCAAAGGAUCCACACAGGGAAGCAAGGCUACCAACAGGAUUUUCUGGGCUCAGUACUCUAUGCAGAUUGGGCCCUCUGCUGCUCUGCUCAAAGACACAAAUUUGCAUAAAAUGUGCAUACGCUUCAUGUCAAAUGCACAUUCCUAGCCUCUUUUGCAGAUGUGAGUGGAGGACGUAAAAUAAUCCAGUGGGAACACUCAAAUAACAGCUGGUAUAGCAUAGUGGGGAGGAGAGCCUGGCUGGGAGUCCAGAGUCUGUGAGUUCAAAUCCCCGCUUGUGUCUCCUGGGUGUCAAGGGCCAGCUAAAGAUCACCCCACAGGGAGUGGCUCAGGGGUUAUGUGCCCUGCCACCUGUGCAGCCGUGGGCAAGCUGCAUAGUCCCACGGAGCCCAGUUGCCCCCCAGCUGGCAGUUGUGGACAAGGAAGGGGCUGGCUUGUGCAGUGGGGAGGACUAUCCUCAGAGGGAGGCAAUGGUAAACCCUCUCUGAAUACCGCUUAUCAUGAAAACCCUAUUCAUGGGGUCGCCAUAAGUUGGGAUCGACUAGAAGGCAGUCCAUUUCCAUUUCAACAUUCAAAUAAUAAGAUAUCCAACAGAAAGAAUAUCAACAGGUGAAGCUUUCCCCAUAAUUCUAUACUAUAAAAAGGCAGGUAUUAAUCCGCCUGCCACAUUAUUAUAUAGCCAUGAGAGUGGCUGUAUACUAUAGCCAGCAUGGAUUUUUCGCAUUCCGCAAUGAUAAAUUGAAAAUAUCCCCCACGUCAUUCUGAUGCUUCCCAUCAGUUCAUUUCAAAAAAAAACCUUACAUAACUUAUAGUCCUGAACUCAGAAACGCUUGCUUAACAAUCCUUUAAGUUUUCAUGGCAAUACACAAAACAGUCAGAGAAUCAAGAGUUCAAAAUAUAAAAUGAGGAAAAAAACAGACCUGGACUUCUUUCUGUCAGAGAUCUCAUAAUUUCAUGAAAUUAAUUAAAAAUCAGCCAUGUUCACAGAGUACCUGUAAUCCUUUUACUGACCUUGCCCCAUUCUCUGAACUUCAUCUUCUGCAGUUUUAAAAAUAAAAUGCCUGGAUGAUUUUUUAAUUAAUUUAAGAAAUUUUACAUUGAACUGAAUGAUAAUGUCGGGCAUGCUCAGUAAGAACCAGCUGUCAGUAUUCUAACAGCGAGACUCGCAGCUGAAACGUUUUUAAAGAUGUUUUGUUAUAAUGUAUUUUAAGUUUGUUUUAUGAUGUUUUAGAGUUUUUGGUGCUUUUGUUUGCUGCCCUGGGCUCAUUCUGGGAGGAAUGGCGGGAUAUAAAUCAAAUAAAUAAAUAAAAAUGGGGGCAGUGUCAGUGAUGUUCUCUACAGUCAAAGGGAUUGGUACAAGGGGAACGCCUCCCUCCCCAUGGACAGGGAGUAGGGAGCAUAUCCAACAGUUACUCACAUUAUAGAUGGAAGCAAUUCUUGUUGGAUUUAAGCAAGCUUGCAUACCCCCCCCCCAUUUCAUAGGGAGAUGCUCCCUCAAACCAGUAUUGGAGAUAUCUCUAUAUGUUUGUUUACCAUGAUGUAACUUCCUCAAAGGGUGGGGUUAUUUAUUUCUUCCUCCUCCUUUGUUAGGGGAUAUUGAUCCUUUUUGCAUGUUCUGUAUUAACCUCUAGCAGAGGGAACAGGCAGACGUUCCUUCCAGGGGCCUCCUCACCAAUGACUGAAAAUGGACUGAGACUACAGAUUAUUUUCUAUCUAAGCUAGAGCCUAUGUUUUCUUAAACAUAUGAAGGUUGUGAGUAAAUACUCUUUAUUCUUUUUACCUAAGAAGAUUGUCUCUGUGACUUCUUUGAUUAACUAGUGUGCGUGGGAGGAAGGUGUGGGACUGGUUUAUUCUCAUUCCACUGAACGGAACAGGCCGGAAUGGGCCUUUUAUGAAAGAAAUUGAUGCCAAAAACACUGGGAUGUGUUAGAGACACUUGAGAACAACAUUUACGAACAAAAACCAUUCCAAUAGGAUUUUUAUUAAUCCUUUCACAACCAAAAUGCCCUGCAGAACCGAAUGAAACAGCCCGGAACAGCAACUUCCCAGUGAGCCAGACCCACCAAAUUCACCAGUCCCACGUGACUACAUGGGAUGCAUGCAAUAAGACACAAAACGUCCACGAAACCACGUUCCGAUACCCGUUCCGGGCUAUAAUACGCUUUUACGUAAAACAGCCUGGAAUGGCGACUUCCCAGCGAGCCAGACCCACCAAAUUCACCAACCACACAUGUUGCUGCCUUUCCUUUUGUUGGGAAAUGGGAGAUAACACAGGAUGACCCAGGAACCUCUGGGGUGAUCAGCAAUACCCUUUCUUGCUGUUUGUAGGUCCACUAAGCAGCACUAUUGGUGCUGCUACCAGGUUGCGAAGGGCUGGUGAAUUGGGGAGAGAGAGAGAGAGAGAUUGGAGGGGCAAAUUGGCUGGCUUUUACUCAUGGCCUUUCUGCUGUCGGUAAUGAGAGAAGACACUCCUUGCUGCCACUGAGCCCCCUCCCCAGUGUAAAUAUAGCAUACCUGGGCUGCUGCCUUUUUGGUCUGAAAAAAGAAGGGAUCAUCCUGUCUCUGCAGAGACCAGCAGAUCUUAUAGUGCUCCUAGUGGGAAGAAGAGUAAACUGCAGCUAUUCUCUAGCACCAAAAGCUACCUGUAGUUGCAUUCAAUACUAGUAUAGCUUACUACAAAAACCUUGCUAGGAAAGAAAAACAACAAUGUACUAUAUUGUUUUCACACACAUACCUCAUUAAUCAUUACUAGAGCUGCCAACUAAGUAAUAAUAUUAAUUGGAGCAAUUUGUUUUGCUGUUAAAUUUGCAUGCUAUCAACAUUUCAUUCAAGAUGUUUUGUGUAGAUGCCUGUAUAAUUUAUAAAUAAACACUACUGCUCAUUGUUGGAAUGAAAGGUCAUCUUUAAUAUAUAUUACAGUAACAUAAGAGAAUUAAAGUAUUCACAGAAAUACAGAAGUGUGCCCUUAACUUUCAGCAGUACCAAUUUAAAUUUGACAUCAAAUGAAAUUUGUCUCUGUUGUUAAAUUAACUGAAGUUAUAUUUGGCUAUAUACCAUUGAAAACAAUUGGAGCGCAUAGCACCAAUCUUUGCUUGUGUGUAUGCAAGUGAAAGUGGUUGCUGUGAAAGCUUGUGGCCCAGAGCAUUGACUCAUCCAGUGAUGCAUGACUGGUGCAUUUGAUUGACUUGGCUGGCUCAGAUGUUGUUCUGGGCUCUGUUCAGAAAGAUGUCUUAUUGCAUGGAACGUGGCUUAUGUGGAAGUUUUGUGUCUUAUUGCAUGCAUGAACAUUAAUUUGUUCAGUAUCAUUAUUACCUAAAAGGAUAAAGAACACAGAGGCACUGGAAGAACACAAGUGACAUACACUCAAUUUGGGUGGUUGGGGGGUUAGCAAAAGAAAAAAAUCAUUUUGCAGAGCAGUGUGUCUCCAUUAUGUCUCCCACGCAGCUAUGAAGUGCUUUCAACCUGUCUUUCUGAGAAGAGGAAGGCAAUGAAAAAGGGCUUCCUCCCAGCUAAAUUUAGUUAGAAUUGGAGCCUAAUGGGCUGUGGGGCUAGGAAGAAAGGUGAGACGGCUGUCCUGAAUUGUUUAGGCUGCAGCCUAAUAACUUCUACUCAGAAGUAAAAUCCAUCGGGUUCUACUGGACUUACUCCACGGUAAAUUCAUGGGAUUGCAGCCUUAAUUACACAACAACUGUUGCCUCCCCACCCCCUCAUUCCCUUUGCCCCACCAGUCAGAGUGAGAAGAGAGAGUGUUUAGAGCUUCCCUCUCCUCUUACAUUCAAAUUUCCAUUGUUCAGGUCUGUCCUGGAGCUUUUGUAUAUGAAUUCCCUCUCUCCCCGCCACCACCACAGUUGUAGCUGGGAACCUCCUAGUAUUAUUCUCAUUGAUACCUUGCUUUUUCUAAAAGGAGCUCAAAGAUGGUUCUUCCCCUCCCCGUUGUAUGCUCUCAACACCCCUGUGAGGUAGGCUAGACUGAGAUACAGUUACUUGCCCAAGGCUACCCAGCAAGCUUCAUGGCUGAGCAGGGAUUUGACACCAAGUCUGGCAGGAGGUCCUACUUAUCAUAUGUCUCUUUAAUUUGGUAACAUGGCAUGUUUAGAAAUGAAUAGUUUGUCCCUAGAAAGACCCUUUUUUCCAGUCUUUAAUCUACUGUUCUGUCCUUGGCUUGCCCUGGUGCUCUGAUAUAACAGUGCUAUGUGGCAAUAAAAAGUUUCAAGGUUAAUUCUGGAAUGCCUCCUAAUAUCUCAGCACAGUUGAGUAAGUUGUGAGUGCAGGGAAAGGGCCAUUGCAGCGUCUGCCUUGCAUGCGGAAGGUCCCCCAGGUUCAGUCCUGAAUGGCAUCUCCAGGUAGGAGAGAUGCCAUCAGGGAGUGAACCUGAGAGACCUUCUGGGAGAGACUCCUGCCUGAAAUUCUGGACAGCUGCUGCCAGUCAGGGUAGACAUUACUGGGGUUGGUGUACCAAUGAUAUGUGAGUAGAAAAUCCUGGUGGAGAAUUGAAGUGCUUUUUUUCAAAGAUCUUUGCAAAUGACAGGAAAGGAUGGUUUAACACCCCCCAUCCUUUUCUGUCUGUGAAAGCAUUAAAGUAGAAGAUUGGGGGGUGCAUGUCACCCCAUUGCCAUGGUCAGACCACUUCCUGGUGAAGUUCAGACUUGUAGUUCCGAUCCUUCCCUGCAGGGGUGGUGGACAGAUUAAGAUGGUCCGCCCUCGGAGCCUAAUGGAAUCCAUUGGAUUCCUGAAUGCCCUGGGGGAGUUCCCAGUAGAUAAAGCAGGUGACCCUGUUGAAGCCCUUGUCACACUUCGGAACAACAAGGCACGUUGGGCUCUUGACACGGUUGCCCCUGAGUGCCCUCUCUGGCAUUGUGGAGCCCAGCUUGCACCUUGGUACACCAGUGAGCUAAGGACAAUGUAACAGGCUGGACGAUGGCUAGAGCGCAAGUGGCGAAAGACGUGCUGUGAGGCUGAUCGGGCAUGAGGAAAACAUCAUAACUGUGCCUACUGUGUGGCGGUGAGGGCAGCAAAGAAGGCCCACUUCUCUGCCUCCAUCGCAUCCCCAAGGAGCUGUCUGGUGGAGCUUUUCUGUAUUGUCAGGGGUCUGUUGACAUCAACUCCAGGAAAUGGAGUUUUAGACCCUUUGGAGGCCCACUGCGAAUUGUUUGCAAGGCACUUUAAGGGUAAAGUUGCUCGUCUCCAUAGCAGUCUUGAUGCCCCCUCCACAUCUACUGUAGUCCCCAAUGAGGUGUCCAGUGCAACAUCUGCUACAACUUCUUGGGAACGGUUUCAGUUGAUGCGGCCUGAUGACAUAGUCAAGGUGCUUGUGAUGAUGCAGCCAGCAACUUCCUCUUGACCCUUGCCCUUCUUGGCUUAUGAAAGCUUGCUGAGGGGGUUUGACCGAGUGGAUCCAGGGUGUGGUCAACACAUCAUUGCAGGAGGGAGUAGUUCAAGCCACCUUAAAAGAGGCAUUGAUUCGACCACUCCUGAAAAAGCCCACCCUGGAUCCAUUGGUUUAUGACAACUACCGACCGGUUGCAAAUACCCCCUUUUUAGGGAAGGUGAUUGAGAGGGUUGUGGCGCAGCAAUUGCAAGUACUCUUGGAUGAAACAGAUUAUCUUGACCCAUCCCAGUCUGGGUUCAGGCCUGGUUAUGGGACUGAAUCGGCCUUGGUUGCCCUGAUGAAUGACUUUUAUCGGGAGAAGGACAGGAGGAGUGCGACCCUGUUACUCUUACUUGAUCUCUCAGCAGCUUUUGAUACCAUUGACCAUGGUAUCCUUCUGGGAUGACUUGGUGAGGUGUGUAUUGGAGGCACUGUUUUACAGUGGUUCCGAUCCUAUCUCCAGGGUCACUCUCAGAGAAUGGAAUUGGAUGACUGUCUUUCGGUCCCCUGGCAGUUGUGCUGUGGGGUGCUACAGGGUACCGUCUUGUCCCCAAUGCUGUUUAACAUAUAUAUGAAUCCCUUGGGAGCGGUCAUCAGGAGAUUUGGGGUGAGGUGUCAGCAGAAUGCUGAUGAUACCCUGCUCUAUUUCUCCAUAACACCUGAAUCAGGAGAGGCCGUGCAAGCCCUUGGCCGCUGCCUGGACUCAGUGGUGGGCUGGAUGAGGGCCAAUAAACUGAGUCUGAAUCCUAGCAAGAUGGAGGUACUGUGGGUUGGUGGUUUCCGAGUUCGGAUAAUUGGUCAGUUGUUUGCUUUGGAUGUGGUCAUAUUCCCUCUGAAAGAGAAGGUUCGUACUUUGUGGGUGCUUCAGUUGGUGGCUGGAAGGUUUUGGUCGCAGUUGUGAGCACUCGUCUUUUAAAAUGGGGGUUUGGUACAGAGCCUUUGUAGCUUUUCUACCGAAGUAACAUUUGUAUUUUAUUCCAUUCCCCCCCCCGCCAGCCGCCCUAAUAGAUCCUUGCCCCUCUUGGCUGGUGAAAGCUAGCAGGUCCGGAACCGCCGACUGGGCCAAGGAGGUAAUAAAUGCCUCUUUAAGAGAAGGAGUGGUCCCUGACUGCCUAAAAGAGGCUGUGGUGAGACCACUCCUGAAGAAACCCUCCUUGGACCCAGAUAACCUGAACAACUAUAGACCUGUGGCGAAUGUUCCGUUCCUGGGCAAGGUCCUGGAACGGGUGGUUGCCGGCCAGCUCCAGGGGCUCUUGG